AUGGCUGAGUCCCUGCAGCUCAUCCAGAAGCUGCACGCCAACCUGGGGGGCACUGAGAUCUUGGCACCGCUACGAACCAUUUACUGCAGCCCCUGCCUGGAUGGGCACCCACGCCAGCUGUUUGUUUUCACGGACGGGGAGGUGGGGAACACCGAGGACGUCAUCACCAAGGUGCAGCGUCACUGGGAGGCCCACAGGUGCUUCUCCUUUGGCAUCAGGGCUGGGGCCUCCACGGCUCUGAUCAAAGGCAUUGCCCGGGCAGCAGGGAGCAGCGCUGAGUUAAUCACGGGCCAGGACCGCAUGCAGCCCAAGGCACUGCAGUCUCUGAAGCGGGCCCUGCAGCCGGCCGUGACCGGGAUCUCGCUGAGCUGGGAUCUGCCCCCCGGGAUGGAGGCGGCGUUGCUGGGCCGGCGCCGGGUGAUCUUCCCUGGGCAGCGGUGCCUCAUCUACGUCCAGCUCCGCGGGCAGCCCCAGCCCCCAGACACUGCCGUGGGGGGCGUCACCCUGCAGUACCGCGUCCAGGACCAGACCUACAAGGAGAUGCUGCAAUUCCCCCUGCAGCCACAAGAUGGAGACAGGCUGCCCGUUCACCGGCUGGCAGCCAAAUGGCUGCUGCUGGAGCUGGAGGGGGCCAUGGACACCGGCUCGGAGGGGGACCAGCACCGGGCGCUGGCGACCAGCCUGGCCUCAGGGGUCAUCUGCUCCCUCACGGCCUACGUGGGGGUGGACACGGAGCGGGGGCAGCCGGUGCAGGGGCCGCUGGUGAGACGGGACAUCCCACUGGCAGGCUUUGGGGCUGCAACCCCCCUGCAGAAGAUGUGUUAUUCUGCCCCUGGGCCCAUGGCCUGGGCCCAAGGGCCCUCCGAUGUGUCCAUGGACUGUGCCAUGGUCUGCGACUUUGAGGAAAGCUUAGAUGUGCCAGAGUGGGCACCAGAGGAGUCUCCCCUGCUGAGGCUGGUGUCUCUGCAGAAUGCCGACGGAUCAUGGGACCUGGACCCCCAGCUGGCCGCUGCGCUGGGGGUGAGCGAGACCGAUGCCAGGGGGAGGAUGCCCAGUCAGGACGUGCCCCCCGGCGUCUGGGCCACGGUGCUGGCCGUGGUCUGGCUGCACGGCCAGGCUGCGGGGCAGUGCGACGAGUGGGAGCUGCUGGAGGCCAAGGCUGUGGGCUGGGUGCGGGGCCAAGCAGGGACCCGGCUGAGCGAAUGCCUGGAAGCCGCCAACACCCUGCUGGGCUGCAGCGUUGGGCCUGCCGUCUUCGGCCUCUGAGCCCCCACCCCUCCUCCUGCCCUCCGCACCCUUCCCCCCAGCUACCCUGGGCCUCCAGCCCAGCUGAGCCCCCACCCCCAUACCCCUGCCCCAAGCUACCCUGGGCCUCCAGCCAUGCAGAGCCCCCCCAGGGAUCCUAAAUUAAGAGCAGCCAAUUGGUUUGCAUAAGUUUAACGAAAACUGUUUACACUGACCCUGUAACUUACACCAGACCGACAGGCCCUUAGUGCUGCGGGCGGAGCCUGUCUCUGCCAGCCCCUCGCUGGAAUAAAGCAGUUCCCCGGGUU